AAUUCUCCUUUCCCUUUCUUUUUGUUCCCUUGGCCCUUUAGUUAUUAUUGUCUGCAAUGCAUGCCUAUGAUUUUAUUUUUUUUUUCUUCAGAAAAUUGUUACAUUUUAACGUCCAUACAUUCAAAUUUCUAUUAUUUUUAUUUUUAUGUCUUUUUUCUACGUGCUUCAAUCUGUCGUUUUUUUAUUUUGUUUUUCCAGUUUAUUGUUAAUGGAAAUAUGCGUUAUUGCUCUAUUACGGAAAAUUAAUUAGCUUCAAACUUAGGAAAUAGUUGCAUUUCUAUUUCACUCAGCGAUAUUGUAGCAUUGCUGGGUACACACAUGAAUUUGCAAAAAGAACUGUUGGGUUCAAAUUUAACUAGCUUUACACUGUGGUGUUGUGUAUAUUGGGGUCACAUAAUCUUGGACCAGUUAUGGAAAUUAAUUUGUGGAGUAUAGUUAACUAAUUGCUAGUUUACAUUUUGAUCUGCACUGCCAUAUAUGAUGAGUUUAUGUUAGUAGACUAGUUCAUCAAGAAGUGAUUCUUGAUCAAGGAAUUAUAUUCUUGGAUUUUUUUUUUAACACCAAAUUGUAAUCAUUUUAUAGUAUUCCUUCACUGGAAGCAUGAUAAUCCCAGGAAUUUCUUGAUGCAGCAGAAUGUGGGAUCUAUAUACUGACAACUGUCAAUCAAUGUUUUAUACUUGUGGUUGUAUUGUAAGAACAGUAGUGGCAGGUAAUUGAAUCAAUAUGUGGUUUCAUUUGCAACCAUAGAGACCUCAAAAAUCACAAUAUUGUGGCUGCAGUUGUUCUGGAGCACAAUUUAAAACCCUGCAAGUAUCAGCCAUACUUGCUCAAACUUGUCAUGUUUUGGUUGACAUUGCUAGUGAUUUAUCAAUAGAUUGUACUUUUGGCUGUAAAACACUUACCUAGUGGCUACUUUCUCAGUUGUAGUAAAAGGAAUAUUUUGGAAACAAAAGUGUGUAACUUUAAUAUUAGCAUCAUUGUUUAUCUAUCAGGAUGGAACAGCAGGAUAUGGCUGAUACAACCACCCUUAGUUAUUGGUUAAAUUGGAGGUUCUAUCUGUGUGCAGUUUGUGUUUUGCUGUCUAUUGUCCUUUCAUUUCUUGUAAUAUGGAAGGAUAAGGGUUCAAGGAAAUUCAGAUCUGGAAAAGGAGAAAAUCAGGAAGAUGGGACUUUGUCUGGUGAUGAAGCAUGGAAACCAUUCCUUAAAGAAAUUCACCCAGUUUGUUUGCUAGCUUUUCGUGUUAUUGCAUUCUCUUCCCUGUUGGCAUCUCUAGUUGCCAAAAUUCAUAUUAAUGGCAGAGCCAUAUUUUUUUAUUACACUCAGUGGACCUUCACUCUGGUUACAAUUUAUUUUGGGUUUGCAUCUACGCUAUCAGCGUAUGGGUGUUAUCGGCAUAACAAAUCAAGCACCAUCAAUAAUGUUAAUGUUGCUAGAAUAGAUGUAGAGCAAGGGCCAUACAUGCCUUUCUUACACCAAGAUACAUCCAACCUGUCUAGAAUGGAACACCUUGCUGAUCCCCUUGCCGAAAUACAGAAGAAUCAAGUUGCACCCAUCUGGAGUUAUAUUCUUCAAAUUUUAUUCCAGAUGAAUGCAGGGGCAGUGAUGCUUACAGAUUGCAUUUAUUGGCUCAUUAUAUUUCCAUUUCUUACUCUGAGGGAUUAUGAUUUUAACUUUAUGACAGUGAACAUGCAUACUCUAAAUGUUGUUUUCCUCCUUGGAGAUGCAGCUCUAAAUUGUCUGAAAAUACACUGGUUUGGAAUGUCUUUCUUUGUGUUAUGGACAAGUUUAUAUGUCAUUUUUCAGUGGACUAUUCAUGCUUUCAUCUGGAUUUGGUGGCCAUACCCAUUCCUUGAUGUGUCAUUGCCCUCCUCUCCAUUAUGGUACUUGUUGGUUGCAUUGUUACAUAUUCCAUGUUAUGGCCUGUUUAAACUGAUUGUGGAUGUGAAAUAUUAUUUCUUGUCGAAAUGGUUCCCUUCCUCUUGUCAGUCCUAAAGAUUGAGUGGUAUCAGAGUUGGACCGCAUAAGAGCCAGAAACAGUUUAGCCACCAGCGGCGAAACUGCAUCUAGCGCUCCCAGCAGCUGCAUAGUGAAUGGUUAUGGCUCUUUCACAUGCUCUUGGCUCAAACAAAUUACUUGUAUUAAGCCAAUAUGGUAAUUAAGCCAUAUUUCUAAAAAAAAAAAAACUAGUUUUGCUACCAUUCCACUGCUUCCCAGAGUAAAGGGGAAGCAGGAUUGUAGGAUCAAAUGGAGGAAGGAGCUCUUUAUUUUAUGGUACUAUUGUUCUAUUCCUCAAUAGUUGGAACUUGGAAUCAUGUUUGCUGUGUGAUUAUCAGAAUACCUUUCAACCUAUGGAGUCGCAGGUGUAGAUUUGUAACGAUACAUUCCCAUAAAUACUGCAGAACUUUGUAACAUCUUUGUAUUGUGUAUUUCACAUUUGGGAAAGUUGAUAUAGCUGAACUGAAAAAGUGUUUA